UUUUUUUUUUUCCUGUGAGAGGAGUGGAUUUUAGCAGAGCGGUUAGAAAGGAUGAGAGAUGAGCAGGAUUUCCCACCACUCAACUAUUCUUCCCAUGAGAAUAUUGUAGCUAGCUAACUAGACUGGGUGGAGCGUUGAGGGGUGGGUUCUUCAAGGUCAUUUUCCAUAUGAGGAUGUUUAGAAGACCCAGUUGAAGAAGUUUGACACAAGGGGAUAAUUGUUGUGUGGUACAUUUAGCAAGAACAGGUUUACUGUAAGACCUUAUUGGAAAUCUCAGCUUUUAAAUAUAUAUUUUUAAUCAAACGUUUAAUUCAAUCUCUAUUAGAACAGUAGGCCACCUGUUGGGUUGUUAAAAGCUACCUCAUCUACCCACCAAGCAAGAUGAAUGAGUCACUCCAAGGGACUCUAGAGAGGAACGUUGUCCUCCACCGCCGGCCCCCGUCUCCCUCACCCUGCUCAGCCUCCCCUCUACAGACAUCAUCAAAUGAGCUCUAUCUGAAUGCCACUUUCUAUGGGUUUGGAUUCAGUACAGCAGCCAGCAGUGAAGAGAGCCAAUCUCUUACAAAGCCUCAUUUUGCCACGGAACCUUAUGAAUUGCUUUCAAAAGUGCCUCGAAAGAACUAAAGAAAACCAGGAUUUUUCCUUCAUGUAUAGUGCUGCUGUUUUGAGAGUAUUCCUCUGAUUGACCAUAAAGGGAAGGACAGUUGCAUCAGAGCGGACAGGACCGUAAACUACAUUAAGGCUUUAAGGGAACAGUCAUAACUUCUCUCUCCAUACGAGCCGACGACCAUGGUCCCCCAGAAGGCUGACUUGACUGUUUUGCCAUGUCAGGAUGUGGUGGAGAUGCCAGUGAAGAAGCAGAGCAGUGAGAGGGACGAGGAGAGUCCUGAUGGGUCUCUGGGUGAGGGUGCUGGGGGGGAACGUAUUCCCCUGCGCAAGUGGGUCAUGCAUGGUGCUGUCAUGUUCGGACGAGAGUUCUGCUACGCCAUGGAGACAGCCCUGGUCACACCAGUCUUACUGCAAAUAGGACUUCCAGAGCAGUACUACAGCCUGACGUGGUUUCUGAGCCCCAUCCUGGGCCUGAUCCUCACCCCUCUCAUUGGCUCAGCCAGCGACCGCUGCACCCUGAAAUGGGGCCGCAGGAGACCCUUCAUCCUGGCACUCUGUGUGGGGGUGUUACUGGGAGUUUCUCUCUUCCUCAAUGGGUCCCUCCUAGGAUUAGCCCUCGGGGACGUUCCCAGCAGUCAGCCCAUUGGGAUAGUGCUGACGGUGCUGGGCGUGGUUCUACUGGACUUCAGUGCAGAUGCCUCAGAUGGGCCUAUCAGAGCCUACCUGUUGGAUGUAGCCGACACAGAGGAGCAGGACAUGGCCCUCAACAUACAUGCUUUCUCUGCAGGGCUGGGAGGAGCGGUUGGCUACGUGCUGGGUGGCCUGGACUGGACCAGCACCAUCCUGGGCACGGCCUUCAAGUCCCAGGAGCAGAUCCUGUUUGUGUUUGCUGCCGUCAUCUUCACCAUAUCUGUGAUUCUACACAUGUUCAGUAUCAAGGAGGAGAGUUUUGAGGCUCGUGGUGACACUCUGGGAGAGGGAGACUCCGACAGCCUGUCCUCCUCAGAGAAACUGAAGGGGGGCUUGGCAGGGCCUCGUAGUGUACCUCAGCUGGACGUUAUAGGAGAGGAGGACGCCCAGUCAGAGAGGGAGCUCUUCAUCAACGUGGACAGGGUGAGGAGUAAGAGCGACUCGGUGCUGGCCAUGCCUGACGCCACCAUCGAGCUGGACUCAGACCUGGACCAGGACGGUCAUUUCCUGGCCGACAUUGAGCCCUCCAUCUUUCAGGACUACCCCCAAGAUUUGUACCCUGGCACCCCUCAGAGACACUACAGUGGGUGGGGCAUCCAGGACCUGGAAGGCCCCCAGGCCGAGGCUCAGGCAGACAGCCAGCUGCCCCUCUUCCACCAGGACCCCUCCCCCUACUACAGCAGGGAGCACAUGUUGUUCAACAACCAGACCAACCAGGGAGCCAAAUGCCUCAACGGGGCCUCAGCGGCCCUGGCCGUCCCCUCCAACCACACAGCCCGCGGGGCCAACAGCCAGGGCCGAAUGCCAGGCCUGAGGCCGUCCAACACCAGCACCACUACCGGGCCACGCCGCUUCCCCUUCUACCGCCAGCCGUCAUUUACAUUCUCUUACUAUGGCCGCGUGGGUUCAGCACGAUACCGCCACCGCAGAAACACCAUGGGCAAUCCGGCCGGCGCCAACCUCCGCAUCAAGACCUCGCAGAGCAUGAACGACAUCUACGAGCACAUGCGGCAGAGGAGGGAGCUUCAGCAGAGCAGCACCACACUGUCCAGCGGGGACUCUGAGAGGGACGACGGAGACCAGGGGGGCACCACGGUCAAGCUGCUGUGGCUGUCCAUGCUGAAGAUGCCCCCCCAGCUGCUGAGGCUCUGCGUCUGUCAUCUCCUCACCUGGUUCUCCAUCAUCGCUGAGGCAGUAUUCUACACAGACUUCAUGGGACAGGUCAUCUAUGCUGGAGACCCCACAGCUCCUGCUAACUCCACUGACCUGCAGAACUACCAUAAAGGGGUUCAGAUGGGCUGCUGGGGACUGGUUGUCUAUGCUGCUACCGCUGCAGUCUGCUCAGCUGUGCUACAGAAAUACCUGGACAACUACGACCUGAGCAUUAAGGUGAUCUACAUCCUGGGUACUCUGAGCUUCUCCCUGGGAACUGCGGUCAUGGCGAUCUUCCCUAACGUCUACGUUGCCAUGGUGAUGAUCAGCACCAUGGGCAUCAUCUCCAUGAGUAUCUCCUACUGCCCCUAUGCUCUGCUGGGCCAGUACCACGAGAACAAGCAGUACAUCCACCACAGUCCGGGGAAGUCGCGACGAGGCUUCGGCAUCGACUGUGCCAUACUGUCGUGCCAGGUGUACAUUGCCCAGAUCCUGGUGGCGUCUGCACUGAGCACGGUGGUGGACGCGGUGGGCAGCGUGCUGGUCAUCCCAAUGAUGGCCUCUGGAGGCUCCUUCCUGGGCUUCCUCACCUCCACCUUCCUGGUCAUCUACCCAGACUCCUCCACUCCCACCACUACGCAGGACCAGGAGGGGUAUGGAGAGGAGGGGUCUCCGGCCCUGGUGGCCCCAGAACCAGACCCCAGUGGUAGCAGUAUGCAGGAGCCAGUAGUCCUUCUCAAAACGUCUCCUAAGGGCAGCAGCAGCACGGCACACUACGAGUCCACUAUUUAACAAAGAAGAAGAGGGACAAGGACAAAAUACUGGUGGCAUCACAAUAGUCAUAAAGUGUCUUCCUCUCUUUGUCUCCUUUCUUUAAUCUGCACAGAUAUCUAGUGGAGAAAGACAGUGACCAAACCUUCACACUCACUAGUCACAUGAGUUCCAGUGGGAUGGACUGUUCCAAUGAACACGUUGUGCAUUUCUUGACAUAUGGCUGUUUUUCUUUUCCUCGUGGGGUUCAAAUGUUUGUGGGUUCACUGAUUACGUCCCAAAUAGCACCCUACUCCCUUUAUAGUGCACUUUAUACCUGGGUCCAUAAGGCUCUGGUCAAAUGUAGGGCACUAAAUAGGGAAUAGGGUGCCAUUUGGGACUCAUUCACAGUUUGAAAGGCCUGCAGGCCUUAUCAGAAGGAGUAUCCACCUCAUACACAGGAUCUAAUGUUGGACUAUUUUUCUUAAACGUGACUCUGUAGAUGGUUGUUUAAACUGCACAUGAAUAUUUUCACUCCAUUUCUAAAUUGAAAACAUUUUUUAUUGAUUUUAUUUUGUGAUUGUACAAAAUGGUUUGAGUGACCGAUCAACUUUUUUAGAUCAAACUUAGUUUCCCCACAGACAGAAUGAUAUAGGAGUCCCUAUGUUACUGUGACCUCACUAAAGAUGCUGCAGUCACAGAGGAUCCAGUUCAGAACAAUAUAGGAGGUGCUCUGUUACUGUGACCUCACUAAAGAUGCUGCAGUCACAAGAGGAUCCAGUUCAGAACAGUAUGGGAGUCUCUCUUACUAUGACCUCACUAAAGAUGCUGCAGUCACAGAGGAUCCAGUUCAGAACAAUAUAGCAGUCGCUCUGUUGCUGUGACCUCACUAAAGAUGCUGCAGUCACAGAGGAUCCAGUUCAGAACAAUAUAGGAGUCGCUCUGUUACUGUGACCUCACUAAAGAUGCUGCAGUCACUGAGGAUCCAGUUCAGAACAAUAUAGGAGGUGCUCUGUUACUGUGACCUCACUAAAGAUGCUGCAGUCACAAGAGGAUCCAGUUCAGAACAGUAUGGGAGUCUCUCUUACUAUGACCUCACUAAAGAUGCUGCAGUCACAGAGGAUCCAGUUCAGAACAAUAUAGCAGUCGCUCUGUUGCUGUGACCUCACUAAAGAUGCUGCAGUCACAGAGGAUCCAGUUCAGAACAAUAUAGCAGUCGCUCUGUUGCUGUGACCUCACUAAAGAUGCUGCAGUCACAGAGGAUCCAGUUCAGAACAAUAUAGGAGUCGCUCUGUUACUGUGACCUCACUAAAGAUGCUGCAGUCACUGAGGAUCCAGUUCAGAACAAUAUAGGAGGUGCUCUGUUACUGUGACCUCACUAAAGAUGCUGCAGUCACAAGAGGAUCCAGUUCAGAACAGUAUGGGAGUCUCUCUUACUAUGACCUCACUAAAGAUGCUGCAGUCACAGAGGAUCCAGUUCAGAACAAUAUAGCAGUCGCUCUGUUGCUGUGACCUCACUAAAGAUGCUGCAGUCACAGAGGAUCCAGUUCAGAACAAUAUAGGAGGUGCUCUGUUACUGUGACCUCACUAAAGAUGCUGCAGUCACAGAGGAUCCAGUUCAGAACAGUAUGGGAGUCUCUCUUACUAUGACCUCACUAAAGAUGCUGCAGUCACAGAGGAUCCAGUUCAGAACAAUAUAGCAGUCGCUCUGUUACUGUGACCUCACUAAAGAUGCUGCAGUCACAGAGGAUCCAGUUCAGAACAGUAUGGGAUUCCCUAUGUUACUGUGACCUCACUAAAGAUGCUGCAGUCACAGAGGAUCCAGUUCAGAACUUUAUAGGAGUCGCUCUGUUACUGUGACCUCACUAAAGAUGCUGCAGUCACAGAGGAUCCAGUUCAGAACUUUAUAGGAGUCGCUUUGUUACUGUGACCUCACUAAAGAUGCUGCAGUCACAGAGGAUCCAGUUCAGAACAAUAUAGGAGGUGCUCUGUUACUGUGACCUCACUAAAGAUUCUGCAGCCAUCGAAGAUCCAGUUUAGAACAGUAUAGGAUUUGCUGUUACUGUGACCUCACUAAGGGGCGGCAGGGUAGCCUAGUGGUUAGAGCGUUGGACUAGUAACCGAAAGGUUUCAAGUUCAAAUCCCCGAGCUGACAAGGUACUAAUAUGUCGGUCUGGCCCUGAGCAAGCAGUCGGUCAGAACAAUAUAGGAGUCGGUCUCUUUUACUGGGACCUCACUAUGCCACAGAGGAUCCAGUUCAGGGUCAGUCAGUUACAUUCCCUAUUAUAAACACCAUCCACUAACUCUCUUCAGUCUAUUGACAUGUAUAUCAUGAAAACACUCAGGGCUAUUAUACAGAACAGAUGAUAUGAUGUCCAGGUUACACCAAAAGUCCAAAGAACCAUUCAGGAUGUUCCUUUUUGUAGCUCAUAUUUGCCAUUUACUGGGUUGAGUGGCCUAUAGCCUACUGUUUACAUGACAGGGUUGGAUAAGUGUUAUCAGCCUUACGAUAAUCAAAUGCUGAAGUGAUGAUGCUUACAUUCUAACACAUAUCAAUAUUUUAAAAAGGGAACAUAUUGUUAAACUCGAUUAUAGUACGCUGCAUGGAAGAAUACUAGAUUUCAUACUACAACUAGUAAUUACAAAUGGUCUAUGAUCAUAAGAUGCCUUUGGGCCCAUGCAGCAUUGAAGAAACCCUACACUGUACUGUGCUACAGGAAGUAGCCCUCUGUUGUUCUGAACCAUCUGUUCCACAGGGUAACGCACAAGAAAGGAUAUUUGCUCUGUAUGUUUUUACAUUUAACAACUGCAAAAGCUGCACUAUAAAUUUGAAGAACUUUAAGAGAGGACAGUGUGUGUGUCAUUAUUUAUCUGGCAGAACAGUCAUGCACAUCUGUUGACAGAUGUGUAUAGAGAUGAAGUCCCAAACGGUAGUGCGUUACCUUUGACUAGAGUCCUACAGGGCAUGUACAACUAAUGAGCUGUGUGCCUAGAAGGUCUUCCCAGGCCCAGAGUGUUGGGUUUAGGAGUUGUUCCACCUACGUGAGGUGGUAGGUAGAGGGUGGUAUUCACCAGGAACCAAAUGGAAGUAAAGGGGUGGAAACGGGGAGGGACCUCACUGCAUUUAUCCAAUCAAAAAGUGUCCUGUUGCAAAGCGUUUUGGAGGUGUUCUCAAAUGAAGAGGAUCCAUCAUCACAUCCAGCAGAAACAUCUGGCUCUAGAAAGUGGGAAAAGGAACUUUUUGGUACAUUUUUCUUGUCAACUGCUGUAAUUUAAGAGGUUUGGUUGUAAUGGGGAAAAUAUAAAUGUCUAUCUGGUUGUGAAAUAGUUUUAGUUUGGGAAUGUGUGCAAAUGAGAAAUUAAAUUGGUCACACUCAA